CUCACAGGUAUAUAAAUGUCCCUUUUUUCCUGCCACACACCAAUAGAUGCUCAAUCUCAAACAAAAGUACUCUUAAACUGUGUGAUCUGUGUAAGCUCAAAGUUCACGAUGAAGAUUUUCAUCCUUCUUUGUCUCCUGACUGCUGUACUUGGCUACAGCUACAACGACACAAUGAUUGAGGAAGAUUUCCAUGCUUUUGACAAGAACGCUGAUGGCAGCCUCACCCACGACGAAUUUGAGAAUCAAUUAAGAGGGAUGGAUGUAAAUGGUGAUUCGAAGGUUUCCUUUAUAGAGUUUCGCAAAAGUCUUCGUCCUGGAAUAUCCCUAGCUGUAAGCUAUGGCUCUUUCAACAUCUACGACCAACUGGACGGUCAUAAGGACUAUUUCGUGGAUGUCUGGGAUUCGAAAAUGAAUUUCAUUCUCGUCGACCUUGACCGUGAGAGUAGUUUAUUUAGUCUAGAUGGCUUUGUCAUAAAGGUAAAAACCUAGAGAGAUAUGUAUAACUGUCAUGUUCAAAACUAAAGCAAAAUAGGUGUUCUCGAGGUCAUUAAAAAAGUUCCCUACUCAUUGUUAAACCAUAGACGUUAUUCAAACAACUCAACUGCAUUUAUAUUUUCAGAUGACCAAAAAUGGACUUUGGAAGAGUACAAACGCCAUGUUAAACAGAUGAUAGAAAGAUCCAGGCACGACUCUGGAGUUACAGCUUAGUACCAACAGGCUGCGAAAAUGAUUCCUGGAAGAGACAGAAAAUAAAUCUUUAAUUUAAAGCAAA